AUGGCUUUAUCUUAUACUGCUCUAGGUGUGAUGAAGCACGGGUGCCCGUCAACGGAGGCUGCAUUCGGGACUUUCUCUUCUACAGGGGCGGGUGCUACUCUGUCAACGGCCCCCUCACCCAGGCCAUCUGUACGACUAAGAAUUAAAUUUACUUCGGAGGCAGAGCCUUUUGCAAUUAUCGUCCUGGCAACUGAUAACUUCGCCCGCGGACUCGACCUUCCUGCGGUUCGCUCGGUGGUCAACUUCGAGCUUCCAGAGUCGCUGGCCACCCUCACCCACCGCGUGGGAAGGUGCGCGCGCGGCCUGAACAGCGGGGUCGCUAUCUCAGUGCGGCGGAGCGAGGUCGAGUACAAGUUCGACACGCUGGCCAACUUCGAUCCGAGCCGGGUCGUCUCCAUAGACGAGGAGAGCCUCUGCGACUACCGGAGCACAGAGGGGCCGCGGCUGUCCGACUUCUCCGUCGAGGACAGCGACGUGCGGGAGAUCUCACGGAGGUUCAGCGAGAACAUGGACAUCUACCUGACCACCCUCUACGACGGGGAGUUCGGGCGCUAG